CUGACAAAAUCUUUAUUAAAAAAUUAACGCUACUACUUCUUGUUAAUUUCCAUAUUACCCUUAAACCUCCAAAACCCUAACCUGCAACUUCAGCACUUUCACUCUCGCUCUCUUCUCCCUCCCUUCGCUAUUCAAUUCGAAUAUCAACAAGACAAACAGCAAAGCAGUGGUUAAAAGAAAUAUUUGGAAGUCUAACACAUGGCGGAAAGCUUUGUGUUCGAACCUCCAAGCGACGAGGAAGCCGAAAAUUCGCAGCCUGAAGUGGAGGAGGAAGAAGAAGAGCAGGGGGGAGGAGAGGGAGAGGGGGAAGAGGAAGAAGAGAAGCCCUCAAAACGACGUAGCGUUCAAUCCCCUUGGGACUUUGCUUCUUAUUCAGAGUCCGUGGCCGAAGAACACGCUCGCCGGAGCACCACGUCUAUCGAUUUCAAGAUAUCCAAAGCUCUUCAGCAACGAUCUGCCCCAAUCUCCACCCAGCCUGAUCACGAUGAAAGCUCCGAUUCUGAACCCGACCAACAGGAGGAUUACAAAUCUGAAGAUGAAGGUAAUGCUGCUGGUAAUUCGAAUGAUGCUAAGUCGUUUUUUGCGCCAGUUGAAGGUGUAUCGUUUCAUGCAAAUUCGUUCAUGGAGCUUAAUCUCUCUCGUCCUCUUCUUCGAGCUUGUGAAGCACUGGGGUACUCUAAGCCUACUCCAAUUCAGGCAGCAUGUAUACCUUUAGCACUUACAGGCCGUGAUAUUUGUGGGAGUGCCAUAACUGGUUCUGGGAAGACGGCUGCCUUUGCACUUCCCACGCUAGAAAGGUUAUUAUUUCGCCCCAAACGCAUUCCCGCUAUCCGGGUCCUUAUUCUUACUCCAACAAGAGAGUUGGCAGUUCAGGUUCACAGUAUGAUGGAGAAACUUGCUCAAUUUACAGACAUUAAAUGUUGCUUGGUUGUUGGAGGGCUUUCAACAAAGGUGCAAGAGGUAGCUUUGAGAGCAAUGCCGGAUAUUGUUGUGGCCACUCCUGGUCGCAUGAUAGAUCAUUUGCGUAAUUCUAUGUCUGUGGAUUUGGAUGAUCUUGCAGUUUUAAUUCUUGAUGAGGCAGAUCGUCUUCUGGAGCUUGGAUUUAGUGCUGAAAUACAUGAACUGGUUCGCCUGUGUCCCAAAAGGAGACAGACAAUGCUAUUUUCGGCUACAAUGACAGAAGAAGUCAAUGAACUUAUCAAACUUUCUCUGACUAAACCAUUGCGUCUCUCAGCUGAUCCAUCUGCGAAACGACCAGUGACAUUGACUGAGGAUUCUGGUCACUGUUGUGUUGCGGUUAGCAAGAACUUAGACGAUUGGGAGUUGGAGGAAUUUGAGAAUUUCCUCUUUAUGAUGAUUGCUGAUUUUUGGACUCGGAACAACUCUGAUCAGCAAUUAUCAUUUCCGUUUGAAACCAUAUGGAAAACAAUGGCUCCCCCCAGGAUUGCUUUCUUUUCAUGGGAAGUGGCUAAGGAGAAAAUUCUGACUUUGGAUAAUUUGAUGAAAAGAGGUAGAACUUUGGUCAACAGAUGUGUGGAAUAUGAUCUACAGCUUGAUAUUAAUGGGGUAAUGGCGGGCUCUAUUCAUAGAGAAUUUUUGGCUUGGGAAGCUGUUUCUGUAGGCCACUUUUCUAAAAUAAAUUUACAUUGUCUUUUCAGUGGAACAAAGCAAGCUGCACAUAGGUUGAAGAUUUUGUUUGGAUUAGCUGGUAUGAAAGCAGCUGAACUUCAUGGAAAUCUUACUCAAGCCCAGCGUCUUGAUGCCUUGGAAAUUUUCAGGAAGCAACAAGUGGAUUUUCUGAUUGCAACAGAUGUGGCAGCUCGUGGACUUGACAUAAUUGGGGUUCAAACAGUUAUAAACUAUGCAUGCCCUCGUGACCUCACAAGCUAUGUUCAUCGUGUGGGUCGCACAGCCAGAGCUGGCAGAGAAGGAUAUGCGGUUACGUUUGUGACGGAUAGUGAUCGUUCUCUUUUAAAAGCUAUAACUAAAAGAGUUGGUUCAAAGUUGAAGAGAAGAAUUGUUGCUGAGCAAUCAAUCAGCAAGUGGUCACAGAUAAUUGAUCAAAUGGAAGAGCAAGUGGCAGCAAUUCUUGAAGAAGAGAGGGAGGAGCGAGCCCUAAGGAAAGCUGAAAUGGAAGCAACAAAGGCAGAAAACAUGAUUGCACAUCAAGAUGAAAUAUAUUCCCGCCCUAAAAAAACCUGGUUUUUGACAGAGAAGGAGAAAAAGCUUGCAGCAAAGACAGAAAAGGCAUCUUUAGGGAAAGGAAAAAGUUCUGGGCAUGAGGUAAUAAGUGCUGAACAAGCAGAGGACCUGAAAAUGAAAGAAAAGAGAAAGCGGGAACGUGAGAAAAAUCUGCCUAGGAAAAAGCGUCGAAGGUUGGAAGCAGUCCGAGAGAUGUUGGAAGAUGAAAAUCAAAUGGAAAAACCAGAAGGUGGUGAUAAAAGUAAGAAAGAAAAGAAUGGUAUAUCAUUGGUUGACCUUGCUUAUCGACGGGCAAAGGCUUUAAAAGCAAAGGCCAAAGCUGGCAAGAAAGAGGAGGCUAACAGGAAAUCAAAACGUCCUGCCCAAAGAACACAGUCAAGGACGGACGAGAUGAGAGAGCUCUUCCAGAGCGAUAUGAGUGAGAAGAAACAAAAGAGAAAUAGUGGUGGCAUGGGGAAGAAGAAGUCAAAGAACUCAUUUAAGAGCAAAUCACGGUAUGGAUCAAACUAUAAAUUUUUCCCCCGUCAUUCUAGUAGUAUUUGUUGUGUUUUCGUAAUAUUAUGUUCUUGAAUCAAAUUUUAUAUG